AUGUGCGAGAGAACACCAAACACCAAACGUGGCCAGAAAGUUCUCAAAGUCACAGCCGUCGACAGGAGACCAGGGCCAAAAUGCGGUAGUGAGGUUGGUCUUGUCUCUUGGUACUCGAUACUGGAACAAAGUCCAUUUUCAAUCGAUAAAGCCACUGGAGAGAUCCGAGUCGCUGAUACAGUGGACCGCGAGCUGAUCAACGAAUACAAACUGACAAUUCAAGCGACUGAUUCAGGAAGGUAUCGACGGCUCACAUCAACUGCACAGCUGACCGUAUUUGUUGACGAUGAGAAUGACAACAGUCCAAUUAUCAGGAAUAAGCUGCUCGACGUCUUUGUCCCGAAGGAUUUGAGAAGUGGUGACGUUGUUCAUGUGGUAGACGCCAUUGACUUUGACGAGAACGCGACUCUAUCGUACAACAUUUCUGGGCCAGACGCUCGGUUCUUUGCCAUCAAUUCUCGAGGAGAAAUCAUUGCCAAAGGUAAGCUUCAUCAAGUCUAUACCGUGCUAGAAAUGAAAGCGUACUACUCAAUUACUGUAGGAGUUUUUGAUAAGGAUGGACUAAACACGAGCGCAAGUUUCACCUUCUACCUGGACGAUCGUAACAAUUUUCCGAGGUAA